AUGGACUCCGUCUUCUCAAAAGUCGUUCGUGCUCCCGAAGAUCCUAUUCUCGGUGUAACUGUUGCGUAUAACAAUGAUCCAAGUCCAGCGAAGAUCAAUUUGGGUGUUGGUGCCUAUCGAACUGAGGAAGGGAAGCCUCUCGUUCUCGACGUGGUGCGAAGGGCAGAGCAACAGCUUGUGAACGAUCCGUCCCGGAUCAAGGAAUACAUUCCCAUUGUUGGAAUUGCUGAUUUUAACAAACUAAGUGCCAAGCUCAUCUUAGGAGCUGACAGUCCUGCAAUCAAAGAGAAUAGAGUUACUACGACCCAGUGCUUGUCUGGUACUGGUUCGUUGAGAGUUGGGGCAGAGUUUCUGAAAUUACACUACCACCAAAGUGUCAUUUUCAUUCCAAAACCAACUUGGGGAAACCAUCCCAAAAUUUUCAACCUGGCAGGCUUGUCUGUGGAGUACUACCGUUACUAUGACCCUGCAACCCGUGGACUUGACUUCCAAGGCUUGCUCGAGGAUCUUGGUGCUGCACCAUCUGGAGCUAUAGUCUUGCUUCAUGCAUGUGCACACAAUCCCACUGGAGUUGACCCAACCCCCGAACAGUGGGAACAGAUUCGACAACUCAUGAGAUCUAAAAGCUUAUUACCCUUCUUUGAUAGUGCAUAUCAGGGUUUUGCUAGUGGUAGCCUUGACACAGAUGCACAGUCAGUCCGUACAUUUGUUGCUGAUGGCGGUGAAUGCUUGAUAGCUCAGAGUUAUGCCAAAAACAUGGGACUUUAUGGGGAGCGUGUUGGUGCCCUUAGCAUUGUGUGCAAGUCGGCAGAUGUGGCUAGUAAGGUUGAGAGCCAGGUGAAACUUGUUGUGCGACCCAUGUAUUCGAGCCCACCUAUUCAUGGAGCAUCAAUUGUUGCCACCAUUCUCAAAAGCAGUGAUAUGUACAACGACUGGACCAUCGAGCUGAAAGGAAUGGCUGACCGUAUAAUCAGCAUGCGCAAACAGUUAUUUGAAGCUCUGAAAACUAAAGGCACACCUGGUGACUGGAGUCACAUCAUCAAACAGAUUGGGAUGUUUACUUUUACCGGAUUGAACAAGGAGCAAGUCGCCUUCAUGACCAAAGAGUUUCACGUUUACAUGACAUCUGAUGGGAGGAUAAGCAUGGCAGGUCUAAGUUCGAAGACAGUGCCUCACCUCGUUGAAGCCAUACAUGCUGCAGUUACCCAAGUCGUCUAA